CGUUGCAGACAUUUUGGAUAAGCUCCUUGAGGAAAAAGUCAUCACACCACCGAUUUAUGAUGAAAUCAUGGCAAUCCGGACCACUCAGAUGCAGAUGAGCGAACUCUUCAGUGGUCCUCUGAAUGCAGCAGGGCUUCGUGGCAAAGAAGUCUUCUACAGAAUCCUUGAGGAAGAGGAGAAAUAUCUCAUUGAUGAGCUAAAAAGCUUGGAUCUUGAGGGUAUCGAAAUAAUUACGAAGGACUCCAGUGGCUGGACUGAACUUGAACCUGAGGUGAACGGUACAGAUGAAGAUGAGGCAUCAACUUACAGGUCCCCUCAUAGACAUCACAGUGAUUUCUGGGAAGUUAUUUGAAGUGUACCUGCCACACUGGAUCUGCAUAGAUGACAUCCCUGAAAUAUUGCAAAAGUUUGCAGUCCUGCACAUAGAUGACUGUGGAGAUGUUGUGGAAAAAGUGUCUGAAGUCACAUCGUCCCAUGUCAAGCUGUGUGAACCAGUUUUCUCUCAAAGAGCCGUCCUGAUCAAAAAUGGCAUUCCAGUCAAAAUACAGUGUAACGUGUUGAUUUAUUCAAAAGCCUACGCAUCCUGCACCGUUCUUCAUGUUUACCUGACCCCGCUCGAUCCUGCUCUUAAAGAGACCAUCGACAAGGACAAUAAAGAAUACAAAUUCAUCCGAAAGCCACGCCCAAACGAUUACCUGACGCUGCACAAAGAUUUCAACCUCAAAGCAGACAUAGAAACGGACAAGAUUUGCCCAGAGAAAAUAACCCUCACCAAUGACAGCCAAGAAAAGCAACGCUCAAUAUUCUUUGACGUUGGCUUUGAGAAUCCAAACAGUAACUUCCAUCUUACACUCUCUCAACUUAACAAAGGGAAACGCAAACCACAGUGUGAACCAGUAUGGAGCUGUGUGAUUCGAAAAGUUGAGUUACGAAACUCUGGUGAUUCAGAUGUGAAAGAGACAGGUGGACCACCCUCCAUUACUGUGGAAGCUACGGGUGGACCGUCCUCAGAAAAUGGAUCAAGGGACACUGCUGGACCCUCAGCUGGAGAGACAGCUCAAAACACCAUGGUAGACGGUGAGCACUUUGUGGAUAAACAUAGAACCGAGCUGAUCGACAGUGUGCACUGCGUUGCAAACAUUUUGGAUAAGCUCCUUGGGAAAAAAGUCAUCAAACAAGCGAUUUAUGAUAAAAUUAGGAAAAUCCCAACCACUCAGGAGCAGAUGAGGGAACUCUUCAGUGGUCCCCUGAAUGCAGCAGGGCCUCGUGGCAAAGAAGUCUUCUACAGAAUCCUUGAGGAAGAGGAGGAAUAUCUCAUUGAUGAUCUAAAGGGAAAGAAGUGAAUGUUGUGGAGAAAUCAUUUUUUAGACUAAACGUACAUUGUGCCUCAAGAAAAAAACAGUCUUAAACGAUUACAAUGGGGAAAUAGUAAUGUAAAUGUCUCUGUAGGGGUUCUAUCAAAUAUAGCUUUUGCACCUUCAUGUUUGAUCAUAGCUCUUGCCCUUUUUUUACUCUUUGACCAGUCAUAUUUUUAAAAUGUAUACGUUUUCCUGUAAGGUUAAAACCAGAUUCAGCAAACCAUGUAAGUCAUUCAUGUAAUGUAAUGAUGUAAGAAAUGAUUUAGCGUUCUCACCUGACAUGUAAUGUUUUAAUCCAGCAAAUCCCAAAUGGAUUGAGUCUGCUUUUAACCUAUUUUUUUAUAAAUUAAAGGAUGCUUGAUCAUGAAUGAUUAUCCUUAGGUUUUGCAUGCAGAUUUUAAUUUUGAUUAUUGUCUUAUGUGCUAAACGAUUCUGUUGUUGUUUUUUCCCUCAUGAAAAUAUGUUUACUUUUGGAGGCCAAUGUUUUCUAUUUUGAAAUACAUUUUCAAUAAACUCUUAUAAAUAUUA